CCUCUUGGCUGGCCGUCGUUGUUUUUGUGUCGACUCUUCUAAGAAAAGUCUUCUUCAGCUAUCAUUCAGCCUAGUGUGUGGUUCAGAAUUGUACUUUGGCAUUCAAAACAAGCCACGUGUCUAUCACAGACUCUAGUAAAAUAUAUUACUGGGUGCGGGAAUACACCAUUUCACGCAAGUGUCUCGCUCGGUGGAUUUAAGAUGACGGGUGACUUCAUUUCCUGGAUGCAAAACACGUGCAGUCAUUUCAGUCACUUGAAGGACUGUAACAAUCUGAACUAGAGUUGCCAGUCUGAGUAACAACAAAUACCGUUCUCACGGUUGUAUUCACCAGUUAAGUUGCAAUUUACAUCUAUAUCUGCCCAGACUCAUAUGUAGCGAAGACUUUGGGGGAAUUUAGUAGAAUCUAAUAGAAACAGACUCUGUCGCUACUUUGAUUUGUAUGGAGAAGAUCAGUAAAGUCAGCAAAGAGGUGUGUUAGAGGAAAACUUGGCUCCUCAAUGGGUUUACUGAAUGCUAGUCAGCUUGCACUAAGAGCUGCCAGAUGCUACCUGAGUCCAUUUUCAACAUCAAAAUCAUGGGUUUCCACCAAAGCAUCCCUGCUGGGGGACAAGAACAUCAUUCUGAUGGGUCCUCCUGGAGCAGGAAAGACCACAGUGGGGAGGAUAGUGGCCCACAGACUGGGACUGCCCGCCAUUGACAUUGAUGACAAUGUCUUGGAGACCACAUGGAAGAUGCCUGUGGCUGCAAAGCUUGCAGCAGUCGGCGGAGAACGUUUCUUGGAGGAAGAAGGCCAGGCUUUGUGCAACUUUUACGCUUCUGGGUGUGUCAUUUCCCUGACAGGCUCCAACCCUCUUCACUCUGCAGCUAUGCAGCACAUCAAGGAGUCCGGACUGGUAGUCUACCUGGACGUGGACAGUGAAGACAUCAUACAGAGACUCGCCAGGAUGAAGGUGGACAGGAUUGUGGGCCAGGAGACAGGGGCAUCCAUGAGAGAAAUUCUCCGUUUCAGGAAGCAGUUUUAUGAGAAAUGGCUUGAUGUGCGGGUGCUGUGUGGAACAGGGGACACGGUGGAGGAAGUAGUUGAGAAGGUGCUGACAGCUGUGGGGCGAUAUCAGAACCAUGCUUCAGAAACAUAUGUGUCAACCAGGAGUGACAGCAUGGAAUCAUCCAAUCAAAAAACAUACUUCAGUGGUGUGGUAGUUGAGGGUCUGGCCACAGAUGGAGGCCUGUAUGUUCCCAAAAAUGGCUUCCCAAACAUAGAAGCUCGCGAAUGGCUGAGACUAGCUGGCAUGUCAUACCCAGAAAGAGCGCUAGUUUUACUUGAAAAGUGCAUACACCCAUUGGACAUCUCUGCUUUGGAUCUCAGAACAAUGAUAUUCAAAGCAUAUGGGUCUAAUUUUACUAGUGAGGCGGUGGCACCUGUAAAACAUCUCAUCCACAGUCAGUAUGUUCAGGAGCUUUUUCACGGCCCCACAGCAUCAUUUAAAGACCUUGCGUUGCAGCUGAUGCCCCAGCUCUUUGCUUACUGCCUCCCGCCGAUGUGCAACUUCCUCAUUUUGGUAGCCACGUCCGGAGACACUGGGAGCGCGGUGCUGAGCGGCUUCAGCAGGCUCAGUGGCGCUGACAGACACAGGACUGGGGUGCUGGUGUUUUUCCCAGAAGAAGGAGUGAGUGAGAUCCAAAAGCUUCAGAUGACGAGCUUCCAAGAGGGCAACUCCAGGGCCGUUAGCGUCCUGUCAGACUUCGACUUCUGUCAGAGAGCCAUAAAGAGGAUGUUUGGAGAGUCUGGGCUGACUGGGCACCUCGCUGUAGAGUAUGGCACAGUCCUCAGCACCGCCAACUCCAUCAACUGGGCCCGACUGUUGCCACAGGUGGUGUACCACUCCUCCGCCUAUCUGGAUCUGUGCAGAGAUGGUGUCAUCAGGUUCGGGGAGCCCAUUGAUGUUUGCAUCCCUACUGGUAAUUUUGGAAAUGCCAUGUCAGCGGUGUACGCCAAGCAAAUGGGCAUCCCGAUAAGAAAAGUCAUCUGUGCGUCCAACCAUAACCGCAUAAUCACCGACUUUAUCACCACAGGCAAGUACGAUCUCAGAGGACGGCCUCUGAUGCUCUCCCACUCCCCGGCUAUCGAUAUCCUGAAAUCCUCCAACCUCGAGAGGUUUAUAUACCAUGUCUCAGAUGGAGACAGCCGUCUCGUCAAGGAGCUCUUCAUACACCUGGACAGGCAGCAGCACUUUCAGGUUCCUGAGCCUCUUUUUGGCAGGAUACAGCAGGAAGUGCUGGCUGGCUGGUGCUCUGAGGACGACUGCUUGGCAACCAUCCAGAGCGUUCACUCACAGACGGGCUACGUCAUGGACACACACACCGCUGUGGCUAAAGUUGUGGCCGAUAGGCUGCAGGACGGUUCGUGCCCAGUGGUGCUUUCUUCCACUGCUCACUAUGGGAAAUUUGCUCCUGCUGUGUUCAAAGCCUUGCAGAUCCAAAAUAUUCCAGAGGAUCCUGUUGAGCAGCUGAAGAACCUUGAAUUGACUGUGUCCAGACCAGAAACACAUAGAGACAUGAUAAAAUGCCUGAAGGACAGUGGCAGGAGGGGACACACUGUUUGUCAGGCAGAGUACAAUGUGUUGGUAGAAGAGGUGGACCGCAUGAUACAGGACUCCUUCCUGAAAGUUAUGUAGGAAUACUUUAGUUUUUCUCAAUAUUCACCUUAAAAUGACACUGAUUUAAAUUAGAAUCAUUUACUGAAAUUAUAUUCCUCAUGUAUUGUUGGUAGCUUUUCUCUUACUUGUUUCCAAUUUAUUUGUAACAUUUUUAAGCAAAUUUGAAAUAAAAAAGGUAAAAAGAAAGGAAAAAAGAAUAUGUGAAAAGAAGAAUGAUUAAAAACUCAUUUCAAAAGACACAAUUCAAAAGGCCAAAUCCUGCCUGAGCUGGUGAAGUGAUUCACUCUGACUGGGUUGUAACAGAGCUCUGAACUGUUUUCUUACUGGAUUUCAAGUCUAUUGAUUAUGCAGCAUGUCUUUACAUCACUAUCCCGAGCUCUGCCCCACUAGAUGGGGAUGUGUAGCUCUUGGCCACUGCAGUGUGGAAACACUGCUGCCAGCGCUUCUAUAACAGUAUGAGUUUUGCUGUGAUAGGAAUUAAUUAUUGACAGAAAGUCAAAUAAACUAGUGUGUGUAACAUCAAUGUCUGCAGUCAGGGAGAUAAUCACCUUUACUGCCUUUUUAUUGUGCUGUGACUCUAUAUACUGUAUUUACAAGGAAGUGCAAAGAAGUGGGGAUUUUUUUCUUUUUUUUGUGUUUACUGGAACAUAGACAUUUCAGAUAAUGUUUGACUGUUGACUACUAAUAAGAUACACUAUAUAGACAAAAGUAUCCAGACACCUCUUAUGGGGCUGUUUUUCAAAGUUUGGCCGAGACCCUAUACUUCCAGUGAAAGUAAAUCUCGAUGCUUCAGCAUAACAAGACAUUUUGGACAAUGCUAUGCUUCCAACUUUGUGGCAACAGUUUGGGGAAGGCCCUUUUCUACAUGACUGUGCCCCAGUUCACAAAGCAAAGUUCAUAAAGAAGAACUUGACUGGCCCACACAGAGCCCUCAGCUCAACACCAUUGAGCACCUCUGAGAUGAACUGGAACGGAGACUGUGAGCCAGGCCUUUUCGUCCAACAUCAGUGUCUGAACUCACAAAUGCUCCACUGCAAGAAAGGACAAAAAUCCCCACAGAAACACCUUGUGGAAAGCCAAUCUGCCUGUGUUUUUAGAAUGCAGUGUCAUUAAAGUCCCUGUUGGUGUCAUGAUCAGGUGUCCCAGUAGUUUUGUCUAUAUGGUGUAUGUCUUAUCACCUGUGCUAAGUGUUAUUCUCCCUUUUAUUUGCUUUGAUACAACAGUUUAUAAACCAGAUUGUAAGUAGAACUGAGUGCAAUAAGAUCAUGUUCCCUCUUUCAGUCUAUUUUCCGUAGAGACUUUAUUUUGGAAAGGAAUAAAUAGGAGAGACAUAUUUACAAGACCUCCAGUCGCUUUUGUCUUCUUGGCUAAACAUGUUAGAAGAAACAUCAUGUAAUACAGAACAGGAGGGCGGAGUGGCCCCCGUGUGUGAUUUUCCAUCCCUCAGACAUCACACCAUCUGUAACAGGAGAGUCCAGAAAUGAAUCCUGUCUCUGUGGCUGUAUCAGUCGAGACAUUUAAAUCCAGGUGCUGCCUCAGCAGCUGCGGGGGGGGAAGGGGGAGGAAGAUAAGUUUCAUAGGUCUCCAGGAGUGCUUAUGACUGCAUUUGUUAAAACAGAUGAAAAGUCAGGCCAGAUUUGACAAAGCACUUUGCCAGCACGACCUCUGAUGUGGAUCGCUGUCUCUGUGUCUCUGUCAGGACUGAGAGGAAAAGCCUUUUUCUUUUUUUUAAACUUUAACUUUAUUUUUUUUUCUUUUCAAGAUUAUUAUUCAUUUCUCCGUUAUGUACACUACAUUG